AUGUCAAUUCAGUUAAGCGAGGCCAAUGUUUUUCCUAUAGAUUAUAGGGGACGCUUGACUGAAGGGAUCACUUAUGAUUAUAGGAACAAUUCCUUGUUAUGGAUUGAUAUUAUUGUUGGAGAGUUGCACCGAGUUCUGCUUGAUGAUUUGAAUAAGCACGAGGUAUUGAAAUGGUCAACCAAAGGAGAGUCAAUUGGGUUUAUAGCGUUGACCAAAAAUGAGGAUAUUUAUUUAGUUUGCGCGAAAUCGGGUUUGGCCAAGGGGAAUUUCAAGACUGGUAGUAUUGAAUAUUUUUUCAAGUAUCCACUUGACGAAAAAGAGCAAUUGAGGUUGAGAUCAAACGAUGGGUUGAUUGAUCCCUGGGGAAACUUGUGGAUCGGAUUAAUGACUGAUUUCCCCAUUACCGAAAAGGAAGGUGGUGUUCAACCCGAAGGGAAAUUGCUCAGAAUAUCUCCAGAUUUGAAAGUUGAAGUUAUGAUGGAAAAUACAAAGAUUUCCAAUGGAUUGGCUUUUUGUUCAAAGGGAAGAAAGUUUUAUUGGACAGAUUCAUUAAACUAUACGAUAUGGAAAUUUGAUUAUGAUCAUGAAACAAAUACUUUGAGCAAUAAGACUCCUUUUGUUGAAACCAAAAAGAUAUAUGCUGAUGUGGAAAGUCCCGAACCCGAUGGAAUGGUGCGUACUGAAAAUGGACAUAUAUACUCUGCUAUUUUCAACACAUCUACGAUAUUGCAUGUCGACAAAGAAGGAAAUUUGGUAGAAAAGAUCCAUGUUCCGGCAGAGAGAUGUACUUGCGUAACUCUUGGAGGUAAAGAUGGCAGUGACAUGUUUAUCAGCACUGGAAAUUUAAAAUUGGAUGAUUUUAGUAUUGAUAUUGACCCCGGUAACUUCUUUGGUGAUUUAGGCGGGUUCAUUUUUAAAUUCAAGUCGGAUAAGGACCUUAAAGGUCAAAGGAAGAAUAUUUGGGGUGGUGACGUAUAG